UGGCUGGGGUUGGUUCCCUGACCGGGGAUCGAACCCGGACCGCAGCGGUGAGAGUGCCGCAUCCUAACCACUAGCCCACCAGGGAUACCCAUAUAAAAUAUUUAUUUAUAAAUAAUCGAUCGGUCGAUUUGGCAACGCUGAUGAUCGAUGAUUCACGCGCCACUGUGCAUGUCUGGGUCCACUUAUAGGUUAUGGUGAAUGAUUAUUGAAAGCAGCCACACAAAGUUCAGUGUUACAGUAAAGUGUAGCUUUUAUAUGAAUCGUUUUGAUCAUGUUACUGCGUUCACUUGUCUGCUGUGUUAAGUUCCGAUGGGUUUCAGAGGGAAUCCGCCAUGCGGGUGGUUAUUUGCGUGCAGCGGAUCAGAUCCGGUCUUACCGUGGAGGCAGCAGCAGCAGCAGGGUGGUUCCGGGCUCACGCGCCUGGCACACGGUGGAUCUGCGCAGUGACACGGUGACUGAGCCGGGAGAAGCCAUGCGCAGCGCCAUGGCACAGGCUCGAGUCGGUGAUGAUGUGUUCGGUGAAGACCCAACCGUUAAUGAACUACAGGAAGUGGCAGCUAAUAUGUUUGGCAUGGAGGCAGCUUUGUUUGUACCCACAGGAACUAUGAGCAAUUUAAUUGCAGUCAUGGUCCAUUGUAGAGAGAGGGGGGAUGAGAUGAUAGUUGGGGAUCUCUCUCAUCUGCAUAUCUAUGAGCAAGGAGGGAGUGCACAGCUUGCUGGUGUUCACUCCACCACACUCACAACCAUGGCUGAUGGAACAUUUGAUCUGGAGCAGCUGGAAUCAAAGAUCCGCCAUGGAUACCCUGAUGUACACUAUCCCCGCUCACGCCUGGUGUGUUUAGAAAACACACAUAACAUCAUGGGUGGGCGUGUUCUCCCUGUCGCCUUCCUGCAGCAGCUGCGCUCUAUAGCAGAUAAGUAUGGACUUGCUGUGCAUAUCGAUGGUGCUAGGCUGAUGAAUGCAGCAGUGGCACUGGAUGUGCAUCCCUCUGUCAUACUCAAACACUGCCACACAGUCAGUGUGUGUCUGUCUAAGGGAUUGGGAGCACCUGCUGGGACCAUACUUGCUGGGUCUAAAGAGUUCAUCCAGAGAGCAGUGCGUGCCCGUAAAGCUCUGGGAGGUGGAAUGCGCCAGUCAGGGAUUUUAGCAGCAGCUGGAAGAAUUGCCCUGUUGGACAUGAUGGCUAGACUGGAGGAGGACCACAGGAAUGCCCAGACUUUUGCCAGAGCUCUGAUGGAAUGCAGUCCUCCUUUGUACCAUGUAGACUUAGCAUCUGUUGAAACUAACAUAUUGCGUUUCGGUUUGCGAAAUUCUGGGCUGAGUCCGACUCGUUUCUGUGAGCUGAUGGAGGAGGUGAGCGAGGAGGAGGUUGAUGCUCUUAACCAGGGUGUACGUGUGCUCAUGUUCCCUCACGUCGGGGGUACGGUGAGAGCUGUGUGGCACCUCGGGAUCAGUGAGGAGGACACUCAGCUAGCUAUAAAGAAAGCCCAGUUUGUGGCCCAGCAGUUUCACUUAAAAUCAGUAAGAGGCAGAUGAAGGAAGGAUGAAAGUUAAAUCCUUAUUAUUCCCUACUUUUUUUAUGAAGUGCUAUGAGGCAUUCUGAACUAAAUUAUAAACAUUUGUAUUACACACCAGCCCAUGAAACAAUCAAUUUACAUUAAGUCCUCUAAUAAUAGUAUAAUAUUAAUUUAUAUUUUGAUUGGAAUAGGUUUUUUUUUGUAAUUUAUUAUUACAUAAAGCCUGUAAAUCUUUCAGUCUAAAUUGAUAACAGUUGUGAAUGUGAAUUUAAAAUUAUUAAAGAAUUUUACACAUUGUUUAA